UCUCAAUUUCUUUGUCCCCUUUCUUUGUUUGUGAGAAAACUGGGGUAAAGAAAGAGAGAGAAAAACCACCUUCUUCAUCUCUCUCUUUCUCUUUAUUCUGCAUUUUAAUAAUAAUAAAAAAAAGUUUGGGAGAGAUUUGAAGGUAUUUGUUAAGGUUUGGAUUUGUGUUUUGUUGUGGGGGCUGCAAACAAACCACCAUGAAUAAUAUGAUGAGAAAGUUGAAAAGCAUUGCUGCUGGCAAGACUUCUCUUCUUCCAGAUUCUGGAGGGGAUGAUUUUAUGACAAACGGAGAUAACUUUGGUGACGAUAUUGAAAGCAAUGCAAAUGAUAGUAAUGAUAGGGGGCAUCACAUAAAAGAAGCUAAUGGAACAUCUAAUUCCAAAAAUGUAGCUAAAGAAUUGCACGAAAUCAAAAUUAGGGAUGAGAAAAGCAAAACCAACAAUGGAAAGGAUAUAGAAGCAACAAUAGUGAAUGGUAAUGGAACAGAAACAGGUCAAAUAAUCACUACUGCUAUUACUGGUCGCGAUGGACUAUCAAAACAGACAAUCUCAUACAUGGCAGAACGUGUGGUUGGUACCGGUUCUUUUGGUGUUGUUUAUCAGGCUAAGUGUGUUGAAACGGGUGAAUUAGUUGCAAUAAAGAAAGUGUUGCAAGACAAGAGAUACAAGAACAGGGAACUGCAAGUGAUGAGAAUUCUUGACCAUACAAAUGUUCUUAAACUAAAGCAUUGCUUCUAUUCAAUGGCAAAUAAAGAUGAAUUGUACCUUAAUCUUGUUUUGGAGUAUGUUCCUGAAACUGUCUAUAGAGUCUCAAAGCAAUAUGUCAGGGUGCACCAACAUAUGCCUGCAAUUUAUAUUCAACUAUAUGCAUACCAAAUAUGCCGUGGUUUAAAUUAUUUGCAUCAUGUGAUCAAUGUGUGUCACCGUGACAUCAAGCCCCAAAAUCUCUUGGUUAACCCCCAAACUCAUCAGUUAAAGAUAUGUGAUUUUGGGAGUGCAAAGAUGUUGGUGCCUGGUGAACCAAACAUAUCAUACAUAUGCUCAAGGUAUUAUAGAGCUCCAGAACUAAUAUUUGGGGCAACAGAAUACACAACUGCCAUAGAUGUUUGGUCAGCUGGUUGUGUUUUAGCUGAGCUUAUGUUAGGACAGCCAAUGUUUCCUGGAGAGAGUGGGGUGGAUCAAUUAGUAGAGAUUAUUAAGAUUUUGGGAACACCAACCAAAGAAGAAAUAAAGUGCAUGAAUCCAAAUUACAACGAGUUUAAGUUUCCACAAAUAAAAGCUCAUCCAUGGCAUAAGGUUUUUCCCAAAGCAAUGCCUCCUCAAGCAAUAGAUCUAGUGUCAAGGAUGCUUCAAUAUUCACCUAAUCUACGUUGCACUGCUUUGGAAGCGUGUGCUCACCCAUUCUUUGAUGAUCUCCGAAACCCUAACAUAACCUUGCCAAAUGGGCGACCACUACCACCUUUGUUUGAUUUCACAGCUCAAGAACUAGCGGAUGCACCCGAUGAGUUGCGUCGACGUCUAAUUCCAGAGCAUGCAAGAAAUUAAUUGAAGCAAUUGUGACACAUUAUUUGUAGAUAUGGUUUUUUGAUGAUUAAUUAGAUAUUCAAAUUAAACCAGCAAUGCUUUCACAUACAUACAUACAUACAUAUAUAAUAUAAUAUUAAUAAUUUUAUUAUAUUAUAUUAUAUAAUAUAUGUAUGUACAUAUAUAUAUAUAUCUUCCAUAACAGACAACAGUUUAGGUUUCUUUGCUGUCCAACCUAUGCACAAACAUGACACAAAAUUAUGAACCUUAACAUGUACACCUCACCGUGUAAUAACCUCUUUAUGAUGGACCAUUUUUAAAGACCACCAUCCAUAAUAUCAAGAGACCAUGUUGUUAUUAAUUAGUUUAUUUGAUCAAUUGUAGGAAUGUAUGGUUGGG